UUGAGAAGAUGGCCCUGGACGACCCACGCAUGGAAUGGAUCCGGGACCGGGUGUACUGUGCGUUCAGCCUCUCCGACCCGGCCUGCUUUGAAGAGCUGCUCAACCGAAAAGACGGGGAACACGAAGCCAAACUGCUGAGGUUCCUGAACGAAACGUCCGAGGAGGAGGGUGCCUCAGCCCUGCUCUUCUUUAAGAGUAUCAGAGAAGAAGAGGUGGACGUGGAGAUAGCAGUGGAGCCAGAAGAGCUUUUGAAGCUUGGCAGCGAUACCCCACCUGAAGAAAACGCUAACAUUUCUCCGGAAACAGAAGAGCCGACAGAGGAGUCCGGGUUACCAAUCUCAUCCGAUGGCAAAGAAGAGCAGGAACCAGCGAGAGACAUCACUACUCCAAACAAAGAAUCAGACGCAAAGGCUGUUGUGAAAGCAGAAAACUCGGCCCUUCUAGAGACAGGAAGUGUUACUGAAUCAGCUCGUGGAGAAACCCCUGAAGAAGAGGAGGACCCUUACCCUUACACUCCCCUCACUAAAAUUAUCAAGCAAACGGUUUACCGCACGGUUCUUCAUGUCUCUUUCAACUGCAUCCCUGAGGAAUUCGCAAACUCCAAUGCUUUAUUUUUCCUCCGAAAUACAAAAGAAACUAUCUCAGAGCCUAAUGAUAUUAUGGAGGCCAAUGACGUCUUGCCUAUGUUCUUGGAGUAUGGGAUGUUGAAUGGACACACUUUGCUGAUGCUGAAACAGGUCUUCUCUCAGGUUUUCAUGCCCCUUCUUUCGUACAAUCAACACAAAAAUGGAGAUGUCUCCUCUCAGUUGGAUCAGCUACAGCAAACGCUUGAUGUAGAAUUGAACGGCCUUGACAUUGACACCAUACAACCCAACCAAGAACUAAGGAGUGUUCAGCUCAUUAGAGAUGAAUUCCUAAUGAAUAUGCAGAAGUUCUUGAACCAUAUUCAGCAAACAAUACAACAGCUUGAGGGAGAAAUUAAAUUAGAAAUGCCGCAGAUAAACCUAGACAAUGAACCCGCAAUCUUAGCUGCAGAUGCAUCUGUCGUUGAAAAACUUGAGCAAUGUGUAAUGAAGUGGCAGACACAAAUGUCUGCAGCUCUGGAGGAGUUGCUACAGAAGAAACCCCAGGGUAAUGGCCCUCUGGUCGAGGUGGAUUUCUGGCGUGAACGAAACGCCACAUUAAGUGCAUUAAGUGAGCAGCUGAAGCUCCCCGCCGUGAGGAAGGUUUUGAACAUUCUGUCCAUCUCUGACCCUGGUGUGGUCCAAAAUCUGGAACUAACGGUCAACGAGCUUGCGAAGUACCAUGUGGAGGCUGCAGAUAACGUCAGAUUCCUUUCCACCUUGGAACGUCAUCUGAAGAACUUAACCCAUGGUACAGGGUUUAAUGUUGUCAUGGACACUAUUCCGCCGAUGAUGAAUGCAUUAAGAAUGGUAUGGAUUAUCUCUCGCCAUUACAACAAGGAUGAAAGGAUGGUACCAUUGAUGGAGAGAAUCGCCUGGGAAAUUGCAGAACGUGUUUGCAGAGUUCUCAAUAUACACUCUUUGUUUAGGGAGAACCGAGAAACUGCAAAAACCAAGGCAUUAGAGGCCAAACGCACUCUGGAGCUGUGGAAAAGCACCUAUUUUGAAGUUCGUGCCAAGAUUGAGGCUUCGGGAAGAGAUCAGAGAUGGGAGUUUGACAGAAAACGCCUGUUUGAGAAAACAGACUAUUUGUCUGGUAUCUGCCAGGACCUCUUUAAUAUUCUGCAGGUUCUGGAGGAGUUUUACAACAUUUUCGGUCCGGAACUGAAAGCCGUGACUGGUGACCCCAAGCGCAUUGACGAUGUAUUGAGUAGAGUCGACGGUCUCAUAAAGCCAAUGGAAACGUUGAACUUUGAUCCUUUCAACAUAAAAAAUACACAGCAAUGGAGGCUUGUUAUGGAAGACUUUAAAAAUGAAGUCCUGGCAAUUGAAGGAGAAGCCAUAAACUUCAUAGACGAAUCUUUUAAAACCCUACGGUCAGCUGAAGCAGCGUUUGAUAUGCUGUUGAAAUUCAAGCACAUUCGUUCCCGGGAUGCCAUCAACAAGCAAAUGAUGAUGAAAUUCAAUGAUAUCCUGGAUCAGUAUUGUAAAGAGGUUGAUAUAGUGAACAAGCUUUUCAUUAAACAUCAAGAUAACCCCCCACUGUACAAAAACCACCCUCCUGUGGCUGGUGCCAUAUACUGGGAGAGGUCUCUCUUCCACCGCAUCAAACGCACAAUUAUCCGAUUCUUGGAGAUGGAAGAGAUGCUGUCAUCUGAGCGUGGGAAGGCGGCAAAAGCAAAAUAUUUAGAAGUGGCAAGGAGAAUGAAGGAGUAUGAAGACACGAAAUAUGAGGUGUGGAGGGAAAAUACUGCUCAGAUACUGCCCUCUCUGCUGAAAAGAAGUCUGCUGAAUGUAGACCACAUUGAGGCCGAUAUUGAUCACAGGAUUGUUCGCUAUGCUGUACACUUUGCCCCUGAGCUCCAAGAAAUUAUUACAGAAACCAAAAACAUGGAGCAACUGGGCUUUUCAGUUGGAGAUUUGGCAAGAAAUGUUGCUCUUCAAGAAGACAAGUUUUUAAGGUAUACAGAUGAAAUGAAGCACGUGCUGGUAUCGUAUGAGAGACUGAUGGGGCUACUGAAUGAAGCAGAAAUCCAGCUCCUUGAUAGGCAUAUUCGGGAUCUUUUGAAAGUCUUUCGAUCUGGCUAUAGAAGACUAAACUGGAACUCUUUAGGCAUUGGAGAAUACAUUGCUCGCUGUACCCAAGCGGUUUCGAAGUUUGAAUCACUGGUCCAUAAAAUACAAAAGAAUGCAAAUGACAUUGAUUCCAAGUUAUCCGCUAUUGAGUCUGCAAACCUCUUUAAGUUUAUACCAAAGAAACCUGGAACUGAUAUUCCAGGAGUGAAAGAAUUCUUUGAAUAUAUUGAAAUUGAACGCUCCAAAGAUGUUGCUAUAAUGGUUAGAAAGUAUUCCGCAAUAGGGUCAAUUCUAACAAAAAUCGAAGGUCUUGUUGUGAACACAAACACUGGAAGAAACCCUCAAAUGGCUCCGUAUUAUGCGUACUGGGAAAGCAAAGUUUACAACUCUCUGACGAAAAUGGUCCUAAGAAAUUUCCAGGCUUUAAAUACUUCCAUACUGGGGGAUGUACCUCUGUUUCAAGUUGAAACAAUUCUGUCUGCUCCAGAAAUAAUUCUUCACCCAAAUUUCAAUGAAAUCUUCAAGCUGACUACCCAAUGCUACAAAGGAUGCUUGGAGACAACAAAGAGUUUUGUACGAUGGAUGCAUGGAACCUGCCUUCCUUGCCCUCCCCAAAAAGUUGAUGAUGAUGAGCCUUUUAUCUAUAACUUCUACAGUGAUGUCUACCAAAUCCCUCAGAUUGUAGAGCAAGCUCGUAUCAUCAACCAGAGCAUGCAUAGACUGCUCAGUUCACUUACUAAGUAUCUGAGCCGAUGGAAGAGGUAUCGUCCUCUCUGGAAGAUGGACAAAGCCAUUGUCUUGGAAAAGUUUGCUGCUCGGAAGCCGUCCUGUGUUACAUUUGAUGAAAAGCUGCAAUUCUACACUAGAUUAGCUCAAGAGGUGACGCAGCAGCCCUUGAUUAAAGAUGAGCAAUGCGUCCGGCUAUACCUGGGACCUUUGGCCUAUACAGUCCAGGAAAAUGCAAGAGCCUGGGUGAACUCACUUGGGCAUCUCCUUAACGAAUCAGCCCGGGAAGACCUUUACAGCCUCAAGGAUGAGCUAGAAAAACUGUCUACUAAUCUAAAGAAAUCUCCUGAGACCCUGGAAGACCUCAAGUUUGUUCUUGCCACCAUUGCUAGCAUCAGAGACAUGUCACUCACAGUUGAGUUGCGUUAUCGUGACAUCCAAGAGCGAUACCGGACACUGGCAAUGUAUCAUAUCGAGUUUGAAGAAGAAGAAAACAUUUUGGCUGAGAGGGUGACACACAUUUGGGAAGACCUUGUUGAAGAAUCAAAGCAAGUUGAUCAUAGUCUUGGGAAAGUCAAAAAGACAUUUACUCAGAUCACCAAAGAUCAGAUUGAGGAAUACCGGAAAGAGUUGGUACAGUUUGCAUCUGUAUUUCGUGAACAAGGGCCAGGAGCGGUUGGUGGUGACCUUGAUAAAGGGUUAGAGAUACUUACAUUGUUUGAAAAAGAUCUCACACAGCAUGAGAAGAACCGUCAGGAACUAGCUAAUGCUGAAAAACUAUUUGACCUUCCUAUAACAAUGUAUCCUGAUCUUAUAGAGGUUCAGAAAGAAAUGAAUGGUUUGCGCAAAAUAUAUGAAAUAUACAAUGCACAAAAGCUUGCUAAGGAAGAAUGGUCACAGACUCUAUGGGCAAAUUUAAAUGUUCAGAUUCUACUGGAUGGAAUUGAUGGUUUUCUGAAGACCUUCAGGAAGCUGCCAAAAGAUGUCCGAAAUAUGUCGGUGGCUUUCCAUCUUGAAUCUAAGAUGAAGGAAUUCAAAGAUUCAAUCCCAUUGAUCCUUGAUCUCAAGAAUGAAGCACUGAGAGACAGACAUUGGAAAGAACUUAUGACCAAGACUGGGAGAAGCUUUGACAUGAACCCCGAUACAUUUACUUUGGAAAACAUGUUUGCAAUGGAGCUACACAAAUAUGCAGAUGUUAUCAGUGACAUUGUAGGAUCAGCUGCUAAAGAGUUGAGCAUUGAGAAGGGUGUGAAAGAAAUUGUAGACACCUGGGAAAAUAUGAAAUUCAUUGUUCAAAAAUACAUUAAGGGUAGUCAAGACCGUGGCUAUAUCCUGGGAUCUGUUGAUGAUAUCCUUCAAAUCUUGGAUGAUAAUGCAAUGAAUCUUCAGAGUAUCUCAGGAAGUCGAUUUGUCGGUCCUUUCCUCAACACCGUGCAACUGUGGGAAAAAACGCUUUCUCUAAUUGGAGAAGUUAUUGCGGUGUGGAUGGCCGUUCAGAGAAAAUGGAUGUAUCUGGAGAGCAUAUUUAUUGGAGGAGAUAUUAGAGCGCAGCUCCCAGACGAGGCCAAAAAAUUUGACAAUAUUGAUAAAAUAUUUAAAAGGAUAAUGUCCGAAACUGUGAAAGACCCAGUUAUCAAACGAUGUUGCCAAGUUCCUAAUCGCCUCUUUGAUUUGCAAAACCUAAGCGAAGGCUUAGAAAAGUGUCAGAAAAGUUUGAACGAUUACCUGGACUCUAAAAGGAACGCCUUUCCGAGGUUUUUCUUCAUAUCCGACGAUGAGCUGCUCAGUAUACUUGGGAGCAGCGAUCCUACGUGCGUCCAGGAGCACAUCAUCAAGAUGUAUGAUAACAUUGCAUCCCUCAAAUUCCAAGAGGGCAAUAACGGGGAAAUGCUUGCAACAGCCAUGAUUUCUGCGGAAGGAGAAGUGAUGCCGUUCCGGCAGGCUAUCGCCGCUGAAGGGCGUGUGGAGGACUGGAUGACAGCUGUGCUCCACGAAAUGAGGAGGACAAACAGACUCAUUACAAAGGAGGCCAUUUUUAGAUAUUGCGAGGACAAAAGCAGGAUAGACUGGAUGCUGUUGUACCAGGGGAUGGUUGUGCUGGCUGGUAAUCAAGUAUGGUGGACCUGGGAAGUAGAAGACGUUUUCCGCAAAGUGAAAAACGGAGAGAAACAAGCAAUGAAGAAUUAUGCAAAGAAAAUGCACCAGCAGAUUGAUGAGCUUGUUACACGAAUCACCCAGCCGUUAGACAAAAAUGACAGGAAAAAAUACAAUACUGUACUUAUCAUUGAUGUGCAUGCAAGAGACAUUGUGGACAUAUUUGUUAGGGACAGUAUAAUGGAUGCACGGGAGUUCGAGUGGGAAAGCCAACUGCGAUUUUACUGGGACCGAGAACCCGAUGACCUGAAUGUCAGACAAUGUACUGGGACAUUCGCUUAUGGCUAUGAGUACAUGGGUCUCAAUGGGAGAUUGGUCAUUACCCCUCUGACUGAUCGGAUAUACCUAACACUCACACAGGCCCUGUCCAUGUAUCUCGGAGGUGCACCUGCUGGGCCAGCGGGUACAGGUAAAACCGAGACAACCAAGGAUCUGGCUAAAGCCCUUGGAUUACUCUGUGUGGUUACAAACUGUGGUGAAGGCAUGGACUACAAAGCUGUUGGGAAAAUCUUCUCUGGCCUUGCGCAGUGUGGAGCUUGGGGAUGUUUUGAUGAAUUCAAUCGGAUUGAUGCCUCUGUACUGUCAGUGAUUUCUUCCCAGAUACAGACUAUACGAAAUGCAUUAAUUCAUCACUUAAAGAAGUUUCAGUUCGAAGGGCAGGAAAUUUCUUUGGAUUCCCGAAUGGGUAUCUUCAUCACAAUGAACCCUGGCUAUGCCGGCCGUACGGAGCUUCCGGAAUCUGUCAAGGCUCUUUUUAGACCUGUUGUGGUGAUUGUGCCUGAUCUCCAGCAAAUCUGCGAAAUCAUGCUCUUCUCUGAAGGAUUUCUCCUAGCCAAAAACCUGGCUAAAAAGAUGACUGUGUUGUAUAAACUUGCACGGGAACAGCUGUCCAAGCAGCAUCAUUAUGACUUUGGUUUGCGUGCACUAAAAUCUGUGCUAGUGAUGGCUGGGGAGCUGAAAAGAGGGUCUCCUGAUUUAAGUGAGGAUGUUGUAUUAAUGAGAGCUCUAAGAGACAUGAAUCUACCCAAGUUUGUAUUUGAAGAUGUUCCUCUGUUCCUCGGUUUAAUUUCGGACCUGUUUCCGGGGCUGGACUGCCCCCGUGUUCGCUACCCUAAUUUUAACGACGCUGUGGAAGAGGCCCUUCUUGAGAACAAAUAUGUCCUUUUGCCCACACAGGUGGAUAAAGUUGUUCAAAUGUAUGAGACAAUGCUAACACGACAUACAACUAUGGUGGUCGGACCCACAGGAGGAGGAAAAUCUGUCGUUAUUAACACUUUGUGUUCGGCACAAACUAAGCUUGGCCUUGUAACCAAGUUAUAUACACUAAAUCCUAAAGCUAUGAGUGUGAUUGAGCUGUAUGGCAUCCUGGAUCCUGCAACAAGAGACUGGACGGAUGGAGUUUUGUCUAAUAUAUUUAGGGAAAUCAACAAGCCAACUGACAAAAAAGAGCGACGGUAUAUACUAUUUGAUGGAGACGUGGAUGCUCUGUGGGUGGAAAAUAUGAAUUCUGUGAUGGAUGACAACAAGCUAUUGACCUUGGCAAAUGGAGAGCGCAUUAGGCUGCAGCCACACUGCGCAUUAUUGUUCGAGGUUGGGGAUUUACAAUAUGCUUCACCUGCUACUGUGUCACGCUGCGGCAUGGUCUUUGUGGACCCCAAAAACCUGAAGUACAGGCCUUAUUGGCAGAAAUGGAUCAGUAAUAGACCGAACAAGCAAGAACAAAGUGAAUUAAAUCGUUUGUUUGAGAAGUAUGUCCCGCAGUGUCUUGAAAUGAUUAUUGAAGGAAUCAUUGAUGGAAGACAAGGAGAAAAGUUAAAAACGAUCGUACCUCAGACGGAUCUAAACAUGGUUACUCAGCUGUCCAUGAUGCUGGAUGCAUUAAUUGACAAAGAAACUGAUGAUGUGGAUGUUUUGGAAUGCUACUUUAUUGAAGCCUUGUAUUGUUCCCUGGGUGGGACGUUGCUUGAAGCAGGAAGGGUUAAAUUUGAUGAGUAUGUUAAACGCUUGGCAUCAAUGUCAUCGGUCAAUGAUGAGAAUGAAAUGGCUGGGCCGGGAGAGCUUCCAGGUCAGUUGUCCACCAUUUAUGAUUAUCACUUUGAUGGAGAGAAAAACAAGUGGAUAUCUUGGAGCAAACUGGUUCCUCAAUAUAUCCAUAAACCUGAUGAGAAGUUUAUUGAUAUAUUAGUUCCUACUGUGGAUACGACUCGUACUACGUGGCUCUUGGAACAGAUGGUCAAAAUCAAACGGCCCGUCGUUCUAGUUGGUGAAUCCGGUACCUCUAAGACAGCAACAACAACGAACUUGCUUAGAAACCUCAACAGUGACUCCACUAUGCUCCUGACCAUUAACUUCUCCUCUCGAACUACAUCCAUGGACAUCCAGAGAAAUCUGGAAGCCAAUGUUGAGAAGCGUACAAAGGAUACAUAUGGACCUCCUAUGGGCAAGCGUUUGCUGGUCUUUAUGGAUGAUAUGAAUAUGCCAAAGGUGGAUGAGUAUGGAACCCAGCAGCCCAUCGCUCUGCUGAAGCUGCUCCUUGAGAAAGGUGGCAUGUACGAUCGUGGCAAAGAGCUCAACUGCAAGUUUCUGAGGGAUCUCGGAUUCAUAGCUGCCAUGGGGAAAGCAGGUGGUGGUCGUAAUGAAGUGGACACCCGCUUUAUUUCCCUCUUCACUGUAUUUAACGUCCCAUUCCCUUCAGAGGAGUCCUUACAUCAUAUAUAUUCAUCUGUUUUAAAAGGACAUACAAAGCUAUUUCAUGAGGAUGUACAGGCCAUCUGUGAUAAGCUGACCUUCUGCACCCUGGAACUGUACAAACUGAUCGUGCGCGACUUACCCCCAACCCCUUCAAAGUUCCAUUACAUAUUUAAUCUCCGUGACCUCUCACGGGUCUACAAUGGGCUAGUUCUUACUACUCCAGAAAGAUUCCAGACUGUGACUCACAUGGUGAGAGUGUGGAGAAAUGAGGGCCUACGAGUUUUUCAUGAUCGACUUAUUAAUGAAGAUGAUAAGAAAGUGGUACAAGGCCACAUUCAGAGCCUAAUAGCAGAACACUUCCCGGCGGACUUGGAAAAUGCCAUGAAGGAUCCAAUUCUCUUUGGAGAUUACAGGACAGCGCUGAACGAGGGAGAGCCUCGGGUAUAUGAGGAUAUUCAAGAUUAUGAUGCUGCAAAAGCUGUCUUUCAGGAAAUUCUUGAAGAGUACAAUGAAAUUAAGACCAAAAUGAACUUGGUUCUUUUCGAUGAUGCACUCGAACACCUCACCCGUGUCCACCGCAUUAUAAGAAUGGACCGAGGACAUGCUCUCCUGGUUGGAGUAGGAGGUUCAGGAAAGCAGUCGCUUGCACGUCUUGCUGCUUUUACUGCUGGAUAUGAGGUUUUCGAAAUAGUCCUAAGCAGAGGUUAUGGAGAAAAUAGUUUCCGGGAGGAUCUGAAGACCCUCUACACAAAGCUUGGCCUAGAAAACAAAAAGAUGAUCUUCCUUUUUACCGACGCUCAUGUGGCAGAAGAAGGCUUCCUGGAACUGAUUAACAAUAUGUUAACGUCAGGGAUGGUUCCAGCUCUUUUCCCUGAUGAUGAGAAGGAAUCGAUUCUGGGCCAGAUCCGGGAUGAAGCUGCUAAAUGUGGGGUCGGCCCAGCUAAAGAAAGUAUUUGGCAAUUCUUUGUAAACAAGAGUGCCAACAAUCUACACAUUGUUCUUGGAAUGUCUCCAGUAGGUGACACCUUGAGGACGAGAUGCAGAAAUUUCCCAGGUUUGGUAAAUAACACUGGGAUAGAUUGGUUUCUGCCUUGGCCACCACAAGCUUUGUAUGCAGUUGCCAAAUCAUUUUUAGGAGAGAAUGAAAUGAUCCCUCCUGUGCACUUGGAGCCAGUAAUUGGCCAUGUGGUUAUGGUACACGAUUCCGUUGGAAAGUUUAGCAAGAAAUUUCAGCAGAAGCUAAGGCGCAGUAACUACGUCACCCCUAAGAAUUAUCUGGACUUCAUCAACACCUACUCAAAACUGUUAGAAGAAAAGAACCAGUUUAACCUUGCACAGUGCAAGAGGCUGGAAGGUGGUCUGGACAAGCUGAAGGAAGCCACCGUGCAGUUGGCUGAGCUCAAUGUAAAGUUGGCUGAACAGAAGGUGGUUUUAGCAGAGAAGUCCUCAGCCUGUGAAGCCUUGUUGGAGGAGAUUUCAGUCAAUACUGCAAUAGCUGAGGAAAAAAGGAAGCUUGCUGAAGAGAAGGCCGCAGAAAUAGAAGAGCAAAACAAAGUCAUCGCGGUAGAGAAGCAGGAGGCCGAGAGUGCCCUGACAGAAGCUUUGCCAAUACUGGAGGCUGCCAAGUUGGAACUUCAAAAGCUGGACAAGUCAGACGUCACUGAGAUUAGGACAUUUGCCAAGCCCCCCAAGCAAGUCCAGUCUGUGUGCGAGUGUAUCUUGGUGAUGAGGGGGUACAAAGAGAUCAGCUGGAAAAGUGCAAAGGGAAUGAUGUCAGAUCCCAAUUUCCUAAAAUCUCUCAUGGAGAUGGAUUUUGAUGCAAUUUCCCCGAACCAAGUCAAAACAGUACGAGGCUUCCUGAGAAAUCUGAACACAACAUUUGAAGACAUGGAAGGCAUAAGUAAGGCAGGCUUAGGGAUGCUGAAAUUUGUGGAAGCUGUGAUGGGUUAUUGUGAUGUUGCUAAAGAGAUCAAACCAAAAAGGGAAAAGGUGGCAAAACUAGAGCGUAACUAUUACAUGAGCAAGCGUGACCUGGAAAAGAUCCAGGCAGAAUUAGCUGUCAUACAGAGUGAGCUGAAGAUAUUGGGUGAAAAGUAUGAGUCUGCGAUUACAGAGAAGCAAAAACUGCAAGAAGAGGCUGAAAUUAUGGAACGCAGACUGAUCGCUGCGGACAAACUCAUCUCUGGUCUAGGAUCUGAGAACACAAGAUGGACAAAUGAUUUAGAAGAGUUAAAGGAGCGAAGAGUAAAACUACUUGGAGACUGCUUGCUGUGCUCUGCUUUCCUGAGCUAUGAAGGUGCUUUUAACUGGGAAUUCCGUAAAGAGAUGGUAUACACUGAUUGGCAGCAGGACAUACAAGACCGAGAGAUUCCGCUUAGCCAACCUUUCCGGGUAGAGAGUCUUCUCACUGAUGAUGUAGAAAUAAGCAGGUGGGGCUCAGAAGGAUUACCCCCUGAUGAACUCUCAAUUCAAAAUGGUAUACUAACAACCCGUGCUAGCCGUUUCCCCCUGUGUAUAGACCCUCAGCAGCAAGCAUUAAACUGGAUCAAGAGGAAAGAGGAAAAGAAUAACCUCAAGAUUUCCUCAUUUAACGACCCAGAUUUCCUAAAACAACUAGAAAUGGCUAUAAAGUAUGGCUUCCCAUUCCUAUUUCAAGAUGUAGAUGAGUAUAUUGAUCCCGUGAUUGAUAAUGUGCUAGAGAAGAAUAUCAAGGGUGCUCAAGGCCGGCAAUUUAUCAUUCUGGGAGACAAGGAAGUUGAUUAUGACCCAAACUUCAGAUUGUAUCUAAACACUAAACUAGCAAACCCCAAGUAUUCACCUUCAGUGUUUGGUAAAGCCAUGGUCAUCAAUUACACAGUUACUCUGAAAGGCUUGGAAGAUCAGUUGCUUAGCGUAAUUGUAGGUUUUGAGAGAAGGGAGUUAGAAGAGCAAAGAGAACACCUCAUUCAAGAAACCAGUGAAAAUAAAAAGCUGUUAAAAGACUUGGAGGAUUCUUUGCUGCGAGAACUUGCAACGUCUACUGGUAACAUGCUGGAUAAUGUGGAACUGGUUCAAACUCUGGAGGAAACAAAGUCCAAGGCUACCGAGGUCUCUGAGAAACUGAAACUAGCAGAGAAGACAGCAGUUGACAUUGACAAGUUACGGGAUGGUUACAGGCCGGCCGCUAAACGCGGUGCUAUUCUGUUCUUUGUCCUGUCGGAGAUGGCGUUGGUCAACUCAAUGUAUCAGUAUUCAUUGUCAUCGUUUUUGGCUGUGUUCGAUUUCUCUCUGCGAAAAUCUUUGCCUGAUGGCAUUCUGGCCAAAAGAUUGAAGAACAUCAUGGAUACUUUGACCUUCAACGUGUAUAACUAUGGCUGUACAGGUUUAUUUGAAAAACACAAAUUGUUGUUUUCCUUCAAUAUGACUAUAAAGAUUGAGCAAGCAGAUGGCAGAGUGCCGCAGGAAGAGCUUGACUUUUUCUUAAAAGGAAAUAUUUCCUUGGAGAAAAGCAAAAGGAAGAAACCUUGUUCUUGGCUGUCGGAUCAAGGUUGGGAAGAUAUCAUACGUCUUUCUGAAUUGUUCCCACUGCUGUUUGGGUCUCUUCCUGAUGAUGUAGAGAAGCAUGAGUCCGACUGGAAAGCUUGGUAUGACCUGGACACGUUGGAACAAUACCCAUUCCCUCUUAGCUACAACAAGCUUUCCAGCUUCCAAAAACUGGUUCUUCUGCGCUGCUUUCGGGUAGAUCGUGUUUACAGAGCUGUCACAGACUAUAUCACAGUUACCAUGGGAGAGAAGUACGUGCAGCCUCCAGUCAUAAGCUUUGAAGCUAUAUUUGAACAAAGUGUUCCAACUUCACCAAUUGUCUUUAUCCUGAGCCCAGGCUCUGACCCGGCUAGUGACCUCAUGAAGUUGGCUGAGAGGUCUGGAUUUGGAGGCAACAGACUCAAGUUCCUUGCCAUGGGACAAGGUCAGGAAAAGGUAGCUCUCCAGCUUUUGGAGACAGCAGUUGCUCGUGGGCAGUGGCUGAUGUUACAGAACUGCCACCUCUUGGUAAAGUGGUUAAAAGAUUUGGAAAAGGCCUUGGAGAUGAUAAAGAAACCGCAUCCAGACUUCCGUUUGUGGCUUACUACAGAUCCCACCAAGGACUUCCCUAUUGGAAUACUUCAGAAAUCCCUGAAGGUUGUUACAGAGCCUCCUAAUGGGUUGAAGCUAAACAUGAGGGCAACAUACUUCAAGAUAACACACGAGGCUCUGGAUGCCUGUCCGCACCCUGCCUUCAAAUCUCUGGUAUACGUCCUGGCAUUUUUCCAUGCAGUGGUGCAAGAAAGAAGGAAAUUUGGCAAAAUUGGCUGGAAUGUACCUUACGAUUUUAAUGAAUCCGAUUUUCAGGUCUGCAUGGAAAUACUAAAUACAUAUUUGACCAAAGCAUUUCAGCAAAAUGAUACAAAGAUACCAUGGGGAAGCUUGAAGUAUUUAAUAGGAGAGGUUAUGUAUGGAGGACGUGCCAUUGACAGCUUUGAUCGGCGUAUUCUUACCACCUACAUGGAUGAAUAUCUGGGCGACUUUAUAUUUGACACAUUUCAACUGUUUCAUUUCUAUAAAAACGAGGAAGUUGAUUAUAAAAUUCCAAAUGGGACUACAAAGGAUGAUUUUGUUGAGACAAUAGAAUCCCUUCCACUCGCAAACACUCCUGAAGUUUUUGGUCUUCACUCAAAUGCUGAGAUUGGAUACUAUACGCAGGCAGCUCGAGAUAUGUGGUCCCAUCUUCUGGAGCUCCAGCCUCAAACAGGCGAGUCUGGGACCGGUAUCAGUCGAGAUGAGUACAUCGGGCAGGUGGCUAAGGACAUAGAGAACAAGUUACCCCAAAUAUUCGAUAUAGACCAAAUCAGAAAGAAUUUUGGUUUAGACAUCUCACCGACCACGGUGGUGCUACUACAGGAACUGGAAAGAUUUAACAAGCUCAUCAUCCGCAUGUCUAGAUCUCUGGCUGAACUGCAGAGGGCAUUGGCUGGUGAAGUUGGGAUGAGCAAUGAAUUGGAUGAAGUGGCCAGAGCACUGUUCAACGGACAGAUUCCAAACAUAUGGCGGAGACUGGCCCCCGAUACACUCAAGUCUUUGGGAAAUUGGAUGAUCCACUUCAGGAGGCGGUUUAAUCAGUAUACAUCAUGGGUGAAAGACGGAGAGCCAAAUGUCAUGUGGCUGUCGGGGCUUCAUAUCCCGGAGUCCUACCUGACUGCUCUUGUACAAGCCACCUGCAGGAAGAAUGGUUGGCCCCUUGACCGCUCCACACUGUACACCCAAGUAACCACAUUUAGGGCAGCUGAUGAAGUAACUGAAAGGCCUGGACAAGGAUGCUUUAUUUCUGGCCUGUACCUGGAAGGAGCGGAUUGGGAUAUUGAGAACUCGUGUUUAAUUAAAAGCCAACCCAAAGUACUUGUGGUGGAGUUACCUGUAUUGAAGGUCAUCCCAAUAGAAGCUCAUCGUCUCAAGCUACAGAACACAUUCAAGACCCCCGUUUAUACCACAUCCAUGAGGAGGAACGCCAUGGGAGUUGGUUUGGUAUUUGAAGCUGAUCUAUCUACUAAGAAGCACAGUUCCCACUGGGUGCUGCAGGGUGUCUGCCUCACUCUGAAUUCCGACUAAAGUGCUGCGCUAACACUGUUAAAACAUGUGAGACCCGUGCAAUAUAAUUCAUAUAUAUAUAUAUAUAUACAUAUAUAUACUUGCUUAAUGUUUAUAUAUUUUAAAAUAUAACAGCCGAAGAGCUAA